CAAUUUUCCUCAUUAAUGGCAGUUACUGCUUCUCCCACUCAACCUUCCAAACGUCCUCCAAUGGCUACCACCGCCGCCUCCAAGCGCGCCACUCCGCAACCAACUCCCGCCGGCCACGCCUCUCUCCGCAUGCUCUGCCCCGACUCCUCCGUCGGCGCCUUCAUCGGCAAAUCCGGCUCUUCCAUCAAACACCUGCAACUCCAAACCGCUUCCAAAAUCCGAGUUGAUGACUCGCUCCAACUCGGUUCCGACCACCGAGUCAUCGUCAUUGUCGCCCCUAAUGUUCCAUUCAAGAAGAUGAACUUGUCGAAUUCUCCGGCGGAGGUUGAAUUUCAGGUCUCGGCGUUUCAAGAGGCGGCGGUUCGAGUUUUCGAGAAGGUUCUAGAAGUUUCCGGGGAGGGUAAUGCGGUUGUGAUUUGUAGGGUUUUGGUGGAGGCGAAUGAAGCGGGAGCUGUGAUUGGAAAAGGCGGGAAAACUGUGGCGAAAUUGAGGAGAGAGAGUGGAGCGAAAAUUAGGGUUUUGGUUGGGAAUAAAUUGCCCCCUGGUGUUUCUAUUCCUGAUGAAGUUGUUGAGAUUGAGGGGGAUGUGAUGGCUGUUAAAAAGGCUCUUGUUGGUAUUUGUGGCCAAUUGCAAGAAUGCUCUCAAGCAGAUAAAUUGAGCAUCAAGGAGGGCAAACCUUUGGAAUCCACUUCACAUUCAGCAUUACAGGAUUUUCGCGCUGAUCAUUCUCUUCAUCAGAUGCCAUUAUCUGUGGCAACUACCCCUUACAAUCCUGCUAUGAGGUCGGCAUUGGAGUCUGCUAGGUUUCCAGCCUCGGAGUCAAAAUUCCAAAAAAAAGAAGUUGUUUUUAAAAUUCUUUGUUUAAAUGAUAGAGUUGGUGGGGUGAUUGGAAGAGGAGGAUCCAUUAUCCAUGCGCUUCAAGAAGAGUCAGGGGCUAGUAUAGAUGUUGGACUUUCUGUUGCUAAUUGUAAUGAGCGGUUGGUCACUGUUUAUUCGAUGGAGGAUGUUGACGCAAGAUAUUCCCCGGCACAGCGUGGUGUAGUUCUGGUCUAUUCCAGGUAUGUUGAAGCUGGGGCAGAGAGGGGACUUGAGGCAGGCAUGAACAAGGGAUCCGCAGUCACUGCACGACUUUUAGUCUCAUCAAAUCAAGUUGGUUGCUUAUUGGGUAAAGGAGCUGCUAUAAUUUCUGAGAUUAGAAAGGCAACUGGAGCCUACAUUCGUAUACAUAAUGGUGACCAGGUGCCGAAGUGUGCUGCACAGGAUAACGAAGUAGUUGAGAUCUCAGGGCAAUUUGUAAACAUACAAGAUGCCUUGUAUCAUGUAACUAGUAGGCUUCGAAAUAACCUAUUCACUAGUAUAGCGAUGAACAUUCCAGGAAGCAGGACUGGUAAAUUAUUAUUGGAUACUAGUAAUUAUGGAAGAAUCCAAGAUGCAACAACAGUUGGUUUGUGCCAUUCUUUUGGAACAAAUCAAUCUAUUGGUGGACAAGCUACUUUAAGUCAGGGGUUGGAUCCUUUGCCGCAUCCUAAUAUAUCUCAAUCUUCACCUUCAACAGGCCUUCAGACAAUUGAGCCUGCUGGAGUAAAUCCAAGGAAUUUUGAUAGGGGAUUGGCUUUUGCUACUGGUGGAGUACAACUUGGCAGGACACUCAGACCAGCUAUUGUAACAAAUACAGUAGUGGAAAUUGUGGUUCCUGAAAGCUCUAUUAGCUCUGUUUAUGGUGAGAAUGGAAGCAAUUUAACUCGUAUAAGACAGAUAUCAGGUGCUAAGGUUAUAGUGCAUGAAGCGGUUCCUGGAAUAGAAAGUAGGACUGUCGUAAUAUCUGGGACACCUGAUCAGACGCAGGCAGCCCAAAGCCUCAUCCAUGCAUUCAUUCUUACUGGGUCGUCCUGAGUGAAUUACUUCACUUUUGGUUAAUUUUUUAGCUAGUAGCCAUUGUAGAGUGGAUCCGAAAAAUUGUACAUUUUGAAAUUGCAAAAGGCUGUAAUUAUUUCUCUUUUUAGUUCUGACCGUGUAUUAAACAAGUUUACAUCGUUUGCAAGUACAAGUUUAUGAUGAAAUUUUGCAAUUUGCAUGGUGUAAAUUAUACAAAUACUCUGUAUAUAGAGACUGAGCACUUAUAAAACUCUCUGUUGUAAA